AGCUCAUCUGUGCGUCGUAAUACGAAAGUCAGCUGAUCAUCCAAACAAGGAAUUAUACCAGCACUAUUAGCUCCAUCUACAAAAUACUAAUGCUGACAAAAUGAAGAAAAACAAGGGAAAGGUGAACAUCACUACUGAGAAAGAGUUUGAGUUUAAGUUCAGGGCGGGGAAGAAUGACUGUGUCCUCAAAGUACCUCUGCAGUUCCCUGUCCAAGAGAAUGUCAAUGACCUUCACGGACGACUUAUGCUGCUGCACCGAAUGCCUUGUUUUGUUGAGAAGGAACUGAAGAGUGCACUGUCCACUUUUAUUGAGAGCGAGACCAUCCAGGACUACGACCGAGAAGCAGAGUCAGCCCUACAGAGAAUAACCACCGGAGCGGUGGAUAUCAACCAGCUUACAAACACGUGGGCCAAGGCCUACUCCGAGACUACGCUGGAGCAUGCUCGUCCAGAGGAGCACAGCUGGGAUGAGGACUUUGCAGAUGUUUACCACGAGCUCAUCCACUCCCCAGCCUCCGACACCCUUCUCAACCUGGAACACAACUACUUUGUCAGCAUCUCGGAGCUCAUAAGUGAGAGGGACAUGGAGCUGAAGAAGUUACAAGAGAGACAGGCAGCAGAGAUAGACAAAGUAAUGCAGGAACUGGGAAAGACCAUGACUGACCAGGAUGUAAAUGCAGUUGCUUCUCAAAACUUUGAUGCCCAGCAGGUGCUGGAGAAUAAGUGGGCCAAUGAACUGAAGCAGGUGACUCAUAUCCAGAAGCAGGAGUAUCAGGAGUGGGUAAUAAAGCUCCAUCAGGACAUGCAGAACCCAAAUAACAGCAGUAUUAAUGAGGAGAUCAAAGUGCAGCCCAGCCAGCGGCCCGGUGAGUCUGACCCAGAAGCGAGGCUGUACGACCAGCAGCAACAGCUGGAGGAGAGCUUCACCAUCCAUUUAGGGGCGCAGCUGAAGACCAUGCACAACCUGCGGCUGGUGCGGGCGGACGUGCUGGACUUCUGCAAGCACCGUCGCCAUGGCAGCAGCGGGACCAAGCUGCGGCGACUGCAGACGGCUCUGUCGCUCUACUCCUCGUCUCUGUGCGGCCUGGUGCUGCUGGUGGACAACCGGGUCAACUCCUACAGUGGCAUCAAAAGGGACUUUGCCACCGUCGCUAAGGAGUGUACCGACUUCCACUUCCCUCGGCUGGAGGAGCAGCUGGAGGUGGUCCAGCAGGUGGUGCUGUACGCCCGGGCUCAGAGGACCAGCAGGACCAGAGACCAGCCGGGUCGGUCCAUCACCCACACCAACAGACACAGGGACCAGCCGGAGGCUCUUCGGAAUGGAAGUAAUAAUGAAGAUAAGAACAAAAAUUUGGAGAGGAAUCCCUCCAACAUAUUACCAGGUGAAUUCUACAUCUCCCGCCACUCCAACCUGUCUGAGGUCCACAUCGUUUUUCACCUGUGUGUGGAUGAUAACGUGCGCUCGGGCAACAUUACGGCCCGGGACCCGGCCAUCAUGGGUCUCCGCAACAUCUUGAAGGUCUGCUGCACUCACGACAUCACCACCAUCACCCUCCCCCUGCUCCUGGUCCACGACAUGUCGGAGGAGAUGACCAUCCCAUGGUGCCUGAAGCGGGCUGAGCUGGUCUUUAAAUGUGUCAAAGGUUUCAUGAUGGAAAUGGCGUCGUGGGACGGGGGAAUCUCCAGGACCGUCCAGUUUCUAGUUCCACAGAGUAUCUCAGAGGAGAUGUUCUACCAGCUGAGCAACAUGCUACCUCAGAUCUUCCGCGUCUCCUCCACUCUCACGCUCACCUCCAAACACUGAGGGACACCUGGGACCAGUUCAAGUGUCUUGGCAUCUUGUGACCAUGCUGUGGUUUAACAGGCAGGCUUUAUGGCUUCAUCACAUUACUGUAAUGUAGUAUGUGGUCAAGAAACCAACCAAAGGAAUUAAUAUACUAUCAUACUGUUAAUGCACUCCAGUCAAAUUAAUGGAAUUCCUUGCUUUGUAUUAUAUAAUAUAUAUAUAUAUAUAUAUAUAUAUACCCCAACCAAAGGGCCUUCGGGGGAUGAUUAUUCAGCUCCAGAUAAUAUAUUCGAAUAAAUGCAUUUCACAGAGAUAAGUGUGAUGGAUGACUAUGGAGCUUCCUUCCACACGUAUUUCAGUGAUCCCUGUGUAAUUGACAUAUUCUUGGGGCAAAGCAACACAAUAUUGGCCCAUUUUCCCCUAAAGGACCGUGUUUCUCGCUGAGACAAGCAGUAUGCAGUGUGGUGUAUAUACUGCAUUGCAGUGAAUUAUAGUGAGGACCUUGUCAUCGUUCCUCGCCAGCCCAGUAACAGCAGAGGGCACUGUUCUCAGAGACAAAGACCCCAAAAUCAAUGAUAAAUCCUGUUUUUCUGACUGUGUGUGUUAUGAAACGCAGGCAAUUGGCUGUUGAGCCGUUCAACCGUGUUCUGUGUGGCAUCCCAGUGAACUCGUGAUUUACCCUGUUUGCAUCCAAACGCGUGCUGAAUGUUUUCACUUUAAAUGUGAGGCGUGUUGAGACCGUUUUAAGGAGGAGUACAAGCUGUCACAAACCUGCUUUACUGAACUAAUGUGAAUGUCAUCUCUGUGAAAUAAUAUUUCUGAUUUUAUUUUAUAUUUUUACUGCUUAUGUGAAUCACAGGAGCCUACUCCAGUUUUAUUUACUGCUCUAGUAAUCCGGGAUCGGCUUGGCUUCCUCCAGGUCAGCUUGGAUUAAGUCUUAAGAAGUCAUUCUUCUUGUCAGAUAUUUGACUGCCAUGUUGAUCAGUAACAGUAUUAAGAUGCACUAAUCAGAACAGUGUCUAAUAUUGACUGAAAAACAGAUCACUGUUGACAUUUUUCGAAGAACUCCCAAAUCUUUUGUUGUGUUGAGACCAUCCGCCAUGUCCAUACCUCACUGCAGUAGUGAGAACGCCAGGGAAAUUGGUAACUUGCAUUCUUGGCACGGGUCUUUGUGGCCUUAAGUGUUGGGUUCCCCUGGGGCAGAGGAACCAUGCUGCCGACUCAGCAGUGUCACGCCCCAGCCCAGCCCCGUGUCUGUGCCCACAUCCUGGGGUUUUGUGUGAGUCCUGGCAGCCUGAGCUCUAGAGCCACACACUCUGACAUGGACAGCAAAUCCCUGCAACUGACAUCCAAGGUGGCUGAUGGGCCGAUCGGGUUCCUGGUUUCAGAUAAACACCUAGUCUUAUAUGGGGCUUUGGGGUUAAGACUUGUCUUGUUUUGACGCACUGUUGGGUAGACCUUAAAGUGCAGGGCAUUAUGUGAUUAAAACAACAGUUAUUUCCAGGGUAUGACUUAAACAUCAAGAAAAAAAUGAACUUGGUUGUGACUGAUGGGAAAUUUGACCCUAUGCUCUACAUGGAUGGCUCAGUUAUAACCCCUAUGUGUAUUUGCUUGUAAGUCGCUCAUUGAUUUGUUAUUUUAUAGCGCUUGAGUUUUGUGGUUAUGGUUCACAAGUGAAAUAAAUACCUUUGAAUUGUGUUGAUA